GGCGGAGCCUUAGCUUCAGUCUCGCCUGCUGCCCGCUCCCCGGCGCCACCCUCGGGCCCCCGGCGCUGGGCGCUCCGCAUGGAGCGGGACUAGCUUGAGGAGUGGGCACAACCCCCUCCCGAUGCGUUAGUUCCCAGGUGGAGCUGCAUGUGAUAUAUGUUGGGUAAAGGAGGAAAACGGAAGUUUGAUGAGCAUGAAGAUGGGCUGGAAGGCAAAAUCCUGUCUCCCUCCGACGGUCCAUCCAAGGUGUCUUACACCUUACAGCGCCAGACUAUCUUCAACAUUUCCCUUAUGAAGCUCUACAACCACCGGCCCCUCACAGAGCCCAGCUUGCAGAAGACCGUGUUGAUCAACAACAUGCUGCGGCGCAUCCAGGAGGAGCUCAAGCAGGAAGGCAGCCUGCGGCCGGUGUUCGCCUGCCUCACCCCCGCCUCGCUGCUCGAGGACGACGAUGACACUUUUUGCACUUCCCCCGCCGUGCAGCCCGCGGCCCCCACCAAACUCUCCCCUCCAGCCCUCCCUCCGGAGAAGGACAGCUUCUCCUCGGCCUUGGACGAGAUCGAGGAGCUCUGUCCCACAUCUACCUCCACAGAGGCCGCGGUGGCAGCGACUGACAGCUCGAAAGGGGGCGCCAGCGAGUCGGGCGCCCCGAAACCCGAGGGGCUGCAAGAGGGUCGCCCCGACGACCCCAAACUGAUGGACUCUCUGCCCGGGAAUUUUGAAAUCACCACGUCCACGGGGUUUCUGACGGACCUGACCCUGGACGACAUCCUGUUUGCCGACAUCGACACGUCGAUGUAUGAUUUUGACCCCUGCACCUCCGCGUCCGGGACAGCCUCGAAGAUGGCCCCGGUGUCAGCCGACGACCUCCUCAAGACCCUCGCCCCCUACAGCAGCCAGCCCGUCGCCCCGAGUCAGCCUUUCAAAAUGGACCUCACCGAGCUGGACCACAUCAUGGAGGUGCUGGUGGGGUCCUAAUCCCGGGGACCCCGCGACUGUGCCCGCCCAGACCCUGCGAGUGUCCCCGCGCCCCCCGACAGCUCUCCGCACUGUGCAUGCACCCUUGCUUGCCUUUUUUUCAGAGAAAACGAACGUUUUACAAAAGGAUCACACUAGUUUUUGCUUUGAGCAGAGUUGGAGUGCCUUCAUCCAAGUAUGACCACUUUUAAUACGCUUUUUUGAGUGGUUCCUCAGAGACCUCCUACCCUGGAAUAGGAAAGAGUACAUUUGAAGACAAUGUUGCUAUAUCGAAUGGCAAAAAUAAACAGUUCAAGUGAAGCACAAGGAAUAAGUUGGGAAAGCUGUAAAUUGCAUGUGCAUAUUUGUCUAUUUUUUCUAUAAGUUUUAUUGCAAGAGGUAAAGAAAAAGU